AUGGGCCUGCUGUCAUUCGCUACGAGCGUCUACAACCUCGACGCUCUCGACACUCGCUUCUCCGUCUCGUCGACGACUCCCUACCAGACCGUCAUCGACACACGAUCCGAUCCCGCCGCCAAGACCGAAGCCGCAGCCAAGUCGCAGAGCCGCGCACAGCCGUCGAAAUGGAAGACACCCGAGUUCUUCUUCUACUACGUCGUCUUCCUCUUCGCCGUGCCGUACAUGUUCUGGGUCCCAUAUUCAGUCUCCGGACCUGAGGACCCGAGAUGGGAAAAGUACUCGAUUUACCUCUCCGACGGCUGGAUGUUUGGACGCAAGGUCGACAACACCGAUGCCCAAUACCGCACCUUCCGAGGCAACCUGCCCUACAUGUCCGCCCUCCUCCUCGUGCACCCGCUCCUCCGCAGGGUGUGGGACGCCGUCCACCCCUCGGCGAAGAAGGGCCAGAGCGGCGCCGCCCGCCUCGAGCAGCGCGCCUCCUACGACUACGCCUUCGCCCUGCUCUACCUCGUUGCGCUCCACGGCUUCUCGGCCUUCAAGGUCCUCCUGAUCUUCUGGCUCAACUACCAGGUCGCGACCAGGCUCCCCCGGAAGUACAUCCCGUUCGCCACGUGGGCCUUCAACAUCCCCGUGCUGUUCUCCAACGAGCUCUGCCGGGGCUACCAUUACUAUGACAUCGCCAGGCACGUCGCCCCUGCGCUGGAACCGUGGGGUGCGUGGCUGGACAGCUACGGCGGCCUCAUCUCCCGCUGGGAGGUCCUGUUCAACCUGACCAUCCUGAGGCUGAUCAGCUUCAAUCUGGAUUACUACUGGAGCCUCGGCCAGCGUGGCUCGAGCCCGAUAGAGAAGAAGCAAUUGAACCCAGCCCAGCUCUCAGAGCGUGACAGGAUCACCAUUCCUGCAGAUGCGAGAGACUACUCCUUCCGCAACUACGUGGGGUAUGCUGCAUAUGCCCCUCUGUACCUCGUCGGCCCAAUCAUCACAUUCAACGACUACAUCUCCCAGGCCAAGUACCGCUCCUCAACCAUCGAAGGCUGGCGUACAGUCCGCUACGCCGUCCGCUUCGUGCUCGUCCUGCUCGCCAUGGAGGCCAUCCUGCACUUCAACUACGUCGGAGUCAUCAGCCUCGUCAAUCCCGACUGGAGCAGCUACACCCCCGCCCAGCUCAGCCUCCUCUCCUUCUUCAAGCUCCACAUCAUCUGGCUGAAACUUCUCCUCCCCUGGCGCAUGUUCCGCCUGUGGUCUCUCGUCGACGGCAUCGACCCCCCCGAGAACAUGGUCCGCUGCCCCAGCAACAACUACAGCACCCAGCUCUUCUGGCGCGCCUGGCACCGCUCCUACAACCGCUGGCUCAUCCGCUACAUCUACGUUCCUCUGGGAGGCUCGUCGUUCCGAACCUGGAGAUCCACUGCUCGCACCAUCUUAACAUAUCUCCUUUCAUUUACCUUUGUAGCAUUGUGGCAUGACAUUCAGAUGCGGCUCUUAAUCUGGGGCUGGCUGAUUGUUCUGUUCAUGCUCCCCGAGUUCGCCGCCACCGCUUUAUUCCCCCCAAGGAAAUGGGAGCACAAGCCGACGCAGUAUAGGAUGCUUUGCUGCGCUGGCGCGGUUUUCAACGUCCUCAUGAUGAUUUCAGCUAAUCUCGUUGGGUUUGCUGUGGGACUUGAUGGCCUUGAAGUUAUCAUCAAGAAUGUCUUGCAUGAUUGGUCUGGUGUCAUCUUCCUGGUUACGGCAUGUUCAUGCCUGUUUGUAGGUAUCCAGGUGAUGUUCGAGAUCCGCCAGGAAGAACUCAGGAAAGGAUUCACGACGAAAUGCUAG